AUGGCUAUUCAUGGCCAUACACCAGAACCAAGUCUGUUAUCUUUGCCCGCCAUGCUUCUCCUCCUCCUCGUCUUUUGUGCUUACGUCGCCGCCCAAACACAGGAGUACCUCCAUCCUAACAUCCUCGAUGUGACGAAAGAGGAAUGGCACCAAAAGUACGGCAAGCAGCACGACAUGGCGUUCACCGGUCCACUAAGCUUCAUGCAUCUUCCAUACGCCAAGUGCCUUGAGGAUGCAUCUCAGCCUUUCGAUAUCGCCAUCCUGGGGCUCCCGUUUGACACCACAACAUCAUACCGGCCUGGAGCGCGGUUUGGCCCAAGGUCGAUAAGAGCCGCAGCACCGGGUGGUGGGAAAGCAUAUACAUUAGCAUGGGGCGCCGGAGUGUACGACUUUGGUGCGCGGUUAGUGGACUGUGGAGACGUGCCCGUAACUCCCAUGGACAACGCAAAAGCCAUUGACCAGAUGGAGGUUGCCUACUCGACUCUCUUAGCACGACCCGUUCAUGGGGCAACCAAAUCGUACACCGCUUCUAUGGCGAAAGAUGGACUGGAGCAUCCCAGAAUCGUCACUUUGGGAGGCGAUCAUACCAUUGUUCUACCAAUCCUGCGAUCCCUUCACAAGGUCUACGGUCCGGUUUCGGUCAUCCACUUUGACGCGCACUUUGACACAGCCGACGUCGGUGCUGUUAUCGGGCCAGAGCGCAUUAGCCACGGCUCCUACUUCACGAUUGCUGCCGAGGAGAAUCUUAUGACGAACCACAGCAUUCAUGCGGGUAUUCGGCAGAAGAUGGGUGGGAAAACCAUGGUAGAACACGACGAGUCAGUGGGGUUUGCUGUCAUUAGCUCAGAGGAUAUGGAUGACUACGGCAUCGACGCGGUUAUCCAGCGCAUUCGACAGCGCGUUGGCACUGGCCCGGUUUAUCUCAGCUUUGACAUCGACACAAUUGACCCAGCAAUGGCUCCUGCCACCGGAACACCAGAAGCGGGCGGCUGGACAACCAGGGAAGUGAAGCGGAUCAUGCGGGGACUGGCUGGCCUCAAUUUCGUGGGUGUCGACAUGGUCGAGGUCGCUCCUGCAUAUGAUCACGCAGAAAUUACUUCGUUUGCUGCGACGAGCAUCAUUCUCGACUUUUUAAUGAUGAUGCAGGCCGACUCGCCACCAGCUUCGCAUGUGACAGUCUGA